UUCCUGUCGGGAGUGGAUGCCUGGUGCAAGAUGUGCAGCGAGGGGGGCCUGCCCUCCGAGAUGCAGGACCUGGAGCUGGCCAUCCACCACCACCAGUCCUUGUAUGAGCAGGUGACGCAGGCCUACACAGAGGUCAGCCAGGAUGGCAAAGCACUGCUGGAUGUGCUGCAGCGGCCCCUGAGCCCUGGGAACGCGGAGUCCCUCACGGCCACGGCCAACUACUCCAAGGCGGUGCACCAGGUGCUGGACGUGGUGCACGAGGUGCUGCACCACCAGCGGCGGCUCGAGAGCAUCUGGCAGCACCGCAAGGUGCGGCUCCACCAGCGGCUGCAGCUCUGUGUCUUCCAGCAGGACGUGCAGCAG